UUUAUUUUUCAUUCGAUUCUCUGAGAACAUUCGGCGUUCGUUGCUCAUAAGAUCAACAGUUGCGUUUUGAAAGUCUUUUAGUCGCCUUAUCGCCUUUCCUCCUAUACGUUCAUUGUUGUUGAAAAAAUUAUUUUAUUGUUUUUGGUGAUAUUGCAUUCACUGCACAAGUUUUGUAAACAGCGGGACACGUAAUUGUUGUUUUGUGUUUUGAAGAUUAUAUUUGCCGUGGGUAACGAGAAAAAAAAAAUCGAAAAAUGGAAUACGAUUCAUCAUAUUUGAAUACCACGCCCGGAAAAGCGAAAAUAAGCUGUUUGACAUUUGGAUUUAUCGGUUUACUGGCUUGUAACAUCGCCGGAGUCCAUGUAGCACAAUACAAUUCGGCAGCUGGAACCGCAUUUUUGGUCACACUGAUCCUGUUGCUGUUACUGGUCUGCAAAUCCAGUUUGCGUCAAUCGGCGAUUUUCCAAAAAAUCGAACUCAUCAUUUGCAUCAUUUUGACCAUAUUCUACGUGGUUGGUUCAAUUGACAUAAUCCGAGCUUGUUGGUACUAUUUGUUCACCAAUUUUAUACUCGGACGAUUCAUUGGCACGUUAAUUGCAUCGAUUUGCAGCAUUUUAGCAACCUUGGCCUAUGGCUACGAUUCAAUAGACAAGUUUCGCGAAACGAGAGGCGUCUCAACAUCGAACGUUUAAGUCAUGUUUUGUUGUUUUCGUAAAUUAACUAAAAAACGUCAUCGCUUUUGGUGUGCUUAAGGUGAGAGAGAUGACGUAAUGUGAACAUAAUAAAACGAAUGAUUUAUUAAUGUGUAAUUGGA